AUGUCGUCGGAAAAGUUUGAGAGCUUGGAAGAUGAUUUGAAUCGGAUAACUGACGAGCUAAAAGAAAUUGAAAGAAAUCUCUCACACCAAAGUGGAGAAGAGAGAAAAAAUGCCAUUAGAAAAGUUGAGAGGAAAUUGGAAGAUGGAAAUAUCAUUUUGCAAGAACUUGAAAGUGAAGCAAAACUGGCUCCUGUCAACUAUCGGACCCAGAUGCUGGGAAGGUUACGUCAUCAUCGCAGCGACAUUGAGCAGUUGGCCAGGAGUUUAAAACGGGGAACUGACUCAGGCUUCAGUGGCACUGAUAAUUAUGGUUUUGACAGAGAGGAACGACUGGACUCAUCGAACCGAGCAAAGUUGCUUCAAGGACACCAGUCACUGCAGCGAGCCUCAGAGAGUAUAUUAAGGUCACACCAGAUUGCAGCGGAGACAGACCAGAUUGGGGUGGAGAUUAUUGACGAGCUCGGAGAACAAAGAGAAACAUUAUUGAGAGCUAGAGACAGAUUGGUAGAGACAGAUGCCAACCUUGGGAAAAGCCGUCUUAUACUCAAGGGAAUGGCUAGAAGGAUGAUGAGCAACAAACUCAUUUUGCUUGUGAUAAUUUUGAUAGAACUGGCCAUUCUUGGUGGAGUAGUUUACUGGAAAUUUUUCACUUGA